AUGUUCUUGACGUCUCUCCUCUUGACGUCUCUAUUGAUUCUCAUUGCUUUAAUCAAGCACAUAAAAUUCUACAUCACCUCUGAAGAAGCACAGAGCCUCUGCGUCAAACAGACUACAGGAGAUACGCUGUUUGAAAUGAAACCGUGUGGUAAAGCAUAA